AAUUUCUUUUGGGCGAUGUUUCUGGUCUCCCCAAUCUCAGAUGAUCGAAGCGAACCCACAUGUCCUUAAGUUUAGUCACACUUGAAUUUCAUAGUUUAGUUCGUCCUGGUUUUCCGUCCGAGUCAGUCCAAAUUCUUGGAAGAACUUAAGUGCAUUUGAGUAAUUGUAACGACUUCUAUUAUAAUUAAUUUUUAUUUCUGAUAGCAAAAUGUCUUAUUAAAACACUCGUAAAGUCUUAUAUUUUAUCAAUAUAGAACGUUUGAAUAUUUCUUAUCAAGACAAGAAAAAACUAAGUUGAAGAAUUUUAUAAAUUAAGCGCAGUAAAAAAAAUUAACUUACUGCAUCAAUUAUAAAACUUUUGCUCUACAAAUAUUUAAAAUAAACACUUAAAGUUUAUUAGUGACCAAUUUUACAGUGACAAUUUAAUUAUUCCUUGAACUAAACUAUUUUAUAGGAAGAACUGAUUGCUUAAUUUUCUCGAACUAAUUAGAACCAAAAGCACUAAUAAUGACGCUGAGAGAGUAUGAAGAUCCCAUUGUAACAUGUCCAUUAGAUUCAAGCCAUCGCAUACACAAAAGUCGUAUGCAAACACAUCUAACAAAGUGUCGGAAAAAUCAUGAUUUGACAAAUAAAAUAAUCUGCCCUUUUAAUCCACUGCAUAUAAUUAAUGCUAAUGAGGAGGAGAAACACUAUACAGAAUGUGAAAGUUACGGGGCGGGUGUUGGAGUUCAGCAGUUUGACUUAGGUGACAGACCAAACUUUUCGGGUAUUAUUUCACAUGAAGAAUCAGUUGAUCAACUUUCACGAGCUUUUGCGGCUUUUGGUUGUACGAAUGAUAACGUUGACCGUUUUCAUACUAUUGAUGGGCCUGGAUACGAUCCUGUCCAGGCGAGUAUUGAUAAACCUUUGUACCGUUCUUUGGAUUGUGAGCCUAAAUCUGUACUACAUCAAUUCCGGAUGGCUGAAAGACAACGACAUGCGGCAUGUUCAGCUCAAGAAACGUAUGAAUGGGAAAACGAGACGGAACAAAAUGACGAUCAUGAAAGUUUGGAACAUGAACCAAUGAGUAGUGAAGGCGCAUUAAUGACCCACAAUGAUUAUCAGGACGAAAAUGAUGAAAAUGACGGAAAUAUCGAAGAAGAUCGAAGUCAAUUUGAUGCUUAUUCAUCUGAUAAUGGACUGACAAAUGAAAAUAAGAGUGAAACUUCAAAAGAUGAAUCGUCAAAAAAAUUCGAAAAUGAAUCUCGUUCUACCGGUAGAUUCGAGAAUCUAUCAGAGGAGAAUAAUCAUGGUAGUCUAGUUGAUGAAAUGGGAUUUACUUUGGUUUCCGAAAACAAAUCUAAAGGGGCAAUCAAAAAGAAGAUGAUGAAAAACCAACCGGAAGUUACCACUCAAAACAACUCAGGACUUCAGCGAAAAGGCAAUCAAAUUUCGAAGGAAGCAGCUAAAACACCUGUUAAUAAGUCCAUCAAUCAGGCGAAUUCAUCAUUUAAUGGAAAUACCAAUACUGGACUGAGAAAUGAAAAUAAGAAUGAAACUUCAAAUGAUGAAUCGACAAAAAAAUUCGAAAAUGAAUCUCGUUCUACCGGUAGAUUCGAGAAUCUAUCAGACUUGAAUAAUCAUGGUAGUCUAGUUGAUGAAAUGGGAUAUACUUUGGUUUCCAGAAACAAAUCUAAAGGAGCAAUCAAAAAGAAGAUGAUGAAAAACCAACCGGAAGUUACUACUCAAAACAAAUCAGGACCUCAGCGAAAAGGCAAUCAAAUUUCGAAGAAAGCAGCUAAAACACCUGUUCAUAAGCCCAUCAAUCAGGCGAAUUCAUCAAUUAAUGGAAAUACCAAUCCUAGUCCAUCAAGAUCUUGUAAUAUAAUCGGUGGACAGGGUAUUGUUCAUGCUGGUUCUUCCAAUUCUGGACGUUCCAAUCCUGGUCCUUCCAAUCCUGGUCCUUCCAAUUCUGGACGUUCCAAUCCUGGUCCUUCAAGAUCUCAAAACAUAAUAGGUGGACGGGGUAUUGUUCAUUCUUCACAAUGUCAACGGCCAGGACCUAGAGAUGAUUAAAUGUCAUCUAACUCACAAUGCACUUACGUAAAAAAAAAUACGAAGAAAAUUUCAUCUGCAUUUUCUUGAUGCUUUCUCAUGAAUUUUAUUAUUACAACUUUUUAAAUUAAUACGAAAGUUUAUUGCUUCGAAUUAAUAAUCAAUUUUACAAUUACCGUUGACAAGUAAUUAUUCAAUCAGUUUUAAAUAUUUCAAUUAUCAUAAAGUUUUUUUUUACUAAAACUUUACAAAAAAAAAAAAAUGAUAAAUUUUUUUAAGACACUAUUUUAUUUACUUUUUUUUUAUACUGACGAUUAUAAGAACUAUUUUUAAUCUAUUUUAAACGCGUAUUUAAUUUCUCAUAUUUUUUUUGUCAAUAAUUUGGAUUGAAUUUAUUAAUCAAAUUAUAAAAUAUCUUUUAUACGCUAAUGAUUUUGAAAAAAAAAAAAUUGUAGAUAUAUUUGUUUAUUGAUAAUCAAUUAAUUGAAUGUAAUGAUUCUGAUAACGUUAUGGCAAACAUGCCAAAGCAAGGUUCUACUUUUAUCCACUUUACAAGUCUUCACAACUUAUUUUAAAAUCGAGACUUUACAAUAAUGUAAUUGGAUUUCCUACCCCACAAUAAACUAUUUAGUAUCACCUACAAUAAAACUGCGAGUUUCAAUGCCUGUUUCGCCAAUCGAAACAAGCCGAUUUUUCAGACCAAUGUUAUAGAGUUGAUAGUAAAUCGUCUUUUUCUUCCUUAGGGAAGAAUUAAAUAAGUAUCUGAUUUGAUUUCAGCUCUCUCGGAAUCGCAUUCGUUUAUUUUAAACCUUAGAACAAUUAUUUUUUAUUCUAAUUAACCAAUUUGACAGUUUAGUUGAUUUGAUACAUGCGCUUUUGGUCUCAAAGUAUCUCGAUUCGAUUGGCUGCAGACAUUAAAACUCUAAGUUACAAUACCAGUAAAUAUGAGAAUUAUAUUGUGUGAUUCGUAAUAAAAAACUAUUGCAGACUUCUCGUUACUUUAGACGUCUCGCUUUACCCCUUGCUACACAUAUUAUUUUCUCGGUUGCUUAUCUAAUUCAAGUUCAUAAAAAAAAAAAAAAAUUAUUGACUAAUCUGAAUUUAGUUACAAGGGUUCUAUAAAAACCAACUGCAACGUUAAUUUGCAACUCAGAUAAAGCAGUCAUCAAUUUCCAAAUCUACAGAUCUUGAAAAAAUUAAGAUUAAGUAACGAUUUAAUUAUUAUUGAAUUCGUUAACCCAAAUAAUCUAUUGUAUAACAACCGAAUUUUCAAAGUCACAAUAAAAUUAUUUACAAGCGAAAAUACAUAAGUAGAACCCCGUUGCAUAUUUAUCAAUUUUAUUUUUGUAAAAUAACAUCAGGUUAUAAUCGUGAUUCAUUAUUCAUUUCAACUACUUAUAAUUAAUUAAUUGUAUGAAAACUCAAAAUUGUGUAAUUUUAAAUAAGUAUCAAAUGUAAACUAUUUGAAUUCUUUUUAUAACACAUUGUCAAUAGAAAAUAAAAUAAAAUGUCAGU